AUGAAUUUCUUAGCUCGUCAAUAUAUUUUCAAUAAACUCGAACGAAAUACUCGAUAUGACAUAAGUGAAAUUAUUGAAACAUCAAAUCUAGAAAAUAAUACAUUACCAACAUUAUGUAAUCAAUUGUCAAAAGGAGUUAUUUCAAUAAUAAGUUAUAUCAAAUCUGAUGAUCUCAAUUGGUUAUCGGCAUUUUAUUCAGCAUAUCAAAUUCCAUUUCUUAGUCUAAACGAUAACAAACAAUUUAAAAAUAAAUUUUCUCUCUCAUUAAUGCCUGAUGUUUUACCAGCGUUGGUUUCGAUCAUACGUCGUUAUCGAAUAACUAAACUUGUCUAUAUCUAUGAUGAUAGUAAUGGUGCUCAACGUCUUAAACAUCUUAUGCAAAUUCAAACAUUAGCUAUGGUACAUCAUAUAAAUAUAAUCAGUCGUUAUCUAGAUAGCCCAGAUGAUUCCUAUGAACUAUUACAAAGUAUUGAAGCCAUAACAAAUACAGAAAUGUCGACAUCAACAUCGAUGCAUUCAAAUUCUAGAAGUCAACAUCGUUAUAUUGUUUUAGACUUUCAAAAAUUUGAUACAUAUCGUGCAAUGAUGAAUAAAAUCAAACAUCGUGGUAUGACAACAUCAAAUUAUCAUUAUAUAUUACUUACAUUGAAUGCUAAACAACUUGAUAUGACCUAUUUUCGUUAUGGUGGCGUUAAUGUAACAUUUUUUAGUUUACCAUCAUCGUAUGAUGCUAAAGCCAAUAAAAAUUAUAUUGAUCUUUUAAAAAAAGAGAAUCUUUUUACAAUUGAAUCACUAUUAUUAGCUGAUGCGUGGCAAACAUUACUUGUUACAGUAAAUCACAUUUUCAAUUCAUCUGAUGAUAUUGAUCAACGAUUAAAAUUAUUUCGUGAUGGAAAAUUUAAGAAUGGUUUAAAACAAACUAUUGAUUGUCGAAAUAAUUAUAUUCAACCAUGGCUAUCGGGAAAUAUGUAUUUAAAACAUUUAAAUAGCAUAGGUUUUCAAGGUCUCACUGGAAAUGUACAAUUUUCGAAUAGUACUGGUCAAAGAAUAAAUUAUACAUUUGAGGUUUAUCGUGUCACAGGAAAUGAUAUGCCGAAAAAUAUUGGUUUCUUUCGAGCACCUGAUACUCUCCAGGUUGCUGAUAAUGUUUCAUAUCCGUAUCGUUUGUUAUUUGAUAAUCGAACACGUUUAAUUGUAACUAUAUUCGACGAACCAUUUAUGAUGUUAAAAAAGAAUCCUAACGAUACAUUAACUGAAGGAAAUAUUCUGCGUGGUACUAUACUUGAUCCAUCUCGUGUUGAAGGGUAUUGUGUUGAUUUAGCUCGUGUUAUUUGUCAUGAUAGAUUAAAAUUACCAUAUAAAUUUCUUAUUGAAACAAAAUAUGGAAAAGAAUCUGAAAAAGGCAUUUGGGACGGUAUGAUUGGUGCAUUAGUUAAUCGUGAUGCCGAUUUAGCAAUAGCAUCACUGACAAUUAAUGGUGCACGAGAAAAAGCGGUAGAUUUCUCUAAACCAUUUAUUGAUUUAGGUAUUUCCAUAAUGAUACGUAAACCGGAGAAACAAAAACCCGGUGUUUUUUCAUUUAUGGAUCCAUUAUCGAAAGAAAUCUGGAUGUGUGUUAUUGUUUCGUAUCUAUUUGUUAGUGGAAUAUUAUUUUUUGUUAGUCGAUCUUCAUCUUAUGAAUGGUAUUUCGAAAAUGAAUCUGAUCUCGUUCCACGAAAUAAAUUUUCUUUAGAAAAUGCUUUAUUUUUUUCUUUUGCCGCAUUCAUGCAUCAAGGUGUUGAUCUUUUACCACGAUCGAUUUCAGGUCGCGUUGCAACAAGUGCAUGGUGGUUUUUCAGUUUAAUUCUUGUAUCAUCCUAUACAGCUAAUUUAGCAGCUUUUCUCACUGUCGAAAAAUUAGUUACACCCAUUGAAACGGUUAAAGAUCUUGCUAAACAAACAGAAAUUCGAUAUGGAGCAGUACGAGGUGGCUCAACAAUGGCCUUUUUUAAUAAAUCAACAAUAACAACGUUUAAAAGUAUGUGGAAUUUUAUGCAACAACAUAAAGACGAUGUUUUUGUUACAUCGAAUCGUGAAGGAAUUGAAAAAGUACGAAAUGCAAAAGGUAAAUUUGCAUUACUGCUUGAAUCAACAUUGAAUGAAUACGUGAAUGAACGUCAUCCAUGCAAUACAAUGCGUAUCGGUGAAAAUAUUGAUGCAAAAGGCUACGGAAUAGCGACGCCGCUUGGUUCCGAUUUACGUGAAGCUAUCAAUAUAGCUGUUUUAGAAUUGACUGAGAGUGGAUUUCUCGAACGUUUAAAACAGAAAUGGUAUUACGAAAGAAGUGAAUGUACAAAUUCCGGGUCGAAAGAUUCCAAAGUAAGCAAACCGCUUACGUUGGCAAAUGUUGCUGGAAUGUUUUAUGUAUUAAUCAUUGGCCUUGGAAGUGCAAUGGUUAUUGCAUUCGUUGAAUUCUUAUUUAAAGCUAAACUUGAUUCUACACGUUUAAAUCAAAAUAUUCAAGAUGUGAUGCGAAGAAAUUUACGGAUAUCAAUAACUGGGAUUGAUUUCGAUGAAAAAUUAGAUAACGAGGAUUAUUGGCCGUUGAAAGAACAACAACUAAUGAUUGCAUCGUCUAAUUCUCGUGCCAUUCAACGUAAUGAACGAAUGUCAAGUGUAACAACAGAUGUCGCUGAUCUAUCGAAAACUACCAAUGAUAACGAUGCAAGUGCUCAAGGACAGCAAUUUGAACAGAUUUCUCAUCUUUAA